UAUACUACAGCAAAUUAUAUUUGAUUCUUACUCUUCUAUGGGUCAAAAUCCGACCAGACAAGAAUCAACGUUUAAAGAGACGACAAAGAGUUACUUGGGCCAAAGUCGUAUUCAUACAACGCUAUAACGAUACGCAAUUCAGAACGCGAAUGUUAUGGCAUUUCAAAGGGUCAACCUGUAAUAUAAUCAAACGAUUUAAGUACUAUGAUUAAUGAUUGUUGGGUAACGAGAAGACCUAGUAUAUAAACUAAGUGAGAAGAAGAAGCCAAAAAAGAAAAGAAAAACAAAUCUACACAGAAAAACAAAUCUACACUGAGAAGAAGAGGGAUCUUCAUCUCUCUCUUCCCACAAAGGAGGAAGAAGCAAAGAAGCUCAGAUCCUCAAUAUAUAUCGUUAGUCUCAUUAUAUCAAAUAAGGCAAGAUCAACAAAUGGAUCGGAGGAAUGAGGAAUUUCCUUGUGAAAGAACAGUACCAAAUCCGCCUCCAUUGCCAACUAACUUGUAUGAGAGCAGGUUCAUAUCACCAAUGCGAAGAAGACGACACUGCUCCAUUUUUAGUGCUACGAAGAAUACGUGGGAUUGCCUCUUUGAUGAAGGUUACAGAGCUGAUCUCUCAAUUAAUACAGAUAAUGGUGGCAUCAUCUAUGCACAUGCUACUAUUCUGGGUAUGUCUUCUCCUGUAUUCAGAAGCAUGUUGAACUCGAAACAGUCACGAGGCCAUCGACGAUCAAUCUCUAUACGUGGGGUUCCACCCGAAUCUGUUCAAGUUUUCAUCCGAUUCUUGUAUUCUUCCAGCUAUGAAGAAGACAAAAUGCAGGAACAUGCACUGAAUCUAUUGAUGCUCUCACAUGCAUAUGUAGUCCCCCAUCUAAAGCGAGAAUGUGAGCGGCAGCUGCUGGAGCGAGGAUUGAUAACUACGGACAAUGUGGUUGACAUCUUUCAGCUUGCACUUUUAUGUGAUGCCCCUCGCCUUAGCCUCUUUUGUCACCGUUUUAUGUUGAAACAUUUCAAGGCUAUAUCUUCCUCACAAGGAUGGGAAGCCAUGAAAAAAAGCCACCCUGUGCUUGAAAAACAGAUUUUUAAAUCUGUAACUGAUGAGGAUAUUAGGAAGAAGGAAAGAAUGAGAAAAAUCAACGAGAGAAAAGUGUAUAUGCAACUAUACGAGGCAAUGGAGGCUCUAGUUCACAUAUGCAAAGAUGGUUGUCGAACCAUUGGUCCAUGCGAUAAGGUCUUGAAAAAAGAUCAAACACCUUGUAAAUAUUCAGCAUGUAAAGGGCUAGAAUUGCUCAUUCGUCACUUUGCUGGAUGUAAGAUGAGAGUUUAUGGUGGCUGCAAAAACUGCAAGAGAAUGUGGCAAGUUUUGGAACUGCAUUCUCGCCUCUGUGCUGAUUCGGAUUUUUGUAGAGUUCCUUUAUGCAGGAAUUUCAAGCAGAGGAGGAGGAGACAGAAGAAGAAGGAUGAAAUAAAAUGGCGAAUAUUGGUGAGAAAGAUAGUAAGAUCCAAGAGCAUUUCGGGAAUGCCAUUCUUCUCAUUAGAAUCCUCAUGAUCAUGUUCACGUGCAUAUAGUCAGUCCUGUCAAAGUUAGAAUUAAUGAGCUAGACUGCAGUGAAGAUAUAUAGAAAAUAAGAAUCCAUCAAUAAUCUUCUUGGUUAUCAUAUACUAAUAUUUCAUUUGUUCCUUGCCACAGUCAACAUUCUUAGUUCGACCUACAUCUGAUUCUUUAUUGACAAAUCCGUUUGCCGAUAACACUUUAUUUCUACAAUCUUUAAGUUUGUAAUUCGUAUUGUUGUUGACCAUAACUCAUAACCGACUCAAAAGCUAAAA